AUGCGUUGCUUCAUUCUCAGCAUCAUCCUUGGCUUUGCCAUCCUCUCCCAAGCCCUCCCUCAAGUCCUUCAAUCUCGAAGCAAUGCUGCCUCUCGCCCCCAAGUCUUUGGCAACCAUGUUGUCACUUCAACCGAUGCGGUCGUCCUCCAGGACUUCUUGAUCUCUUCCAUCUCCGCCAAUUCCACAGCUCUUGCUACUCAAGGUAGCUUCAACCGCUCUGUUUCAUUCGUCUUCAAUGAUCCGAACUCAAACACAUCAACCACCUGCUCGACUAACUGGACCGACACUGCAACUUCAAGCACCGGUCCUAUGGGUCCUUCGUACCUUGUUUGCACCGAACCCACUGCUCCCGGCAAGGAGCAAUGGUUUGACUGGUACUUUGGUUCUUACACUGACCAUUGCCAUUUCUCUUUUGAGUUGGCUCACGAAUGGUCUGAUCCUGCGGUUUAUCCUCCACCAUACGACUACGUUGAGUACUUCGCCUCAAUGAACGUCAGCUUGACCUACACAGACGCCGCGGGUCUGUUUUGCAACUUGCCCACGGCAACAGGUCCCCUCCACGCCGUCAUCACCUCCAUCUCCAACUAA